CGAGCUCCCUCCGCCUCCCUCCGGCCGCCUCCGCGGCCAGCGCGGCGCCCGUCGAGCGGAAUUCGCACGAGCGACGCGCCUCGCGACUACCGCGGUUCAGUGUACGUGCGACCGCUCGCGGCCGAGGACGAAUCGCCGUGCCUAGCACCACACUCAGCUUAUUACGCAGUAGCAACAGUCGCAACCGCGUGGACUUUUGAGAGCGAACUUCCAGUGUCCUACCUUCAGUGCGUUCUAACUAUCCGAUUGACUUGCGGACACUUCGAGAAAAUAUCAAGUGAUAAUUUUUUAGAUAGUGUGGAAAAGUUCUAAAGUCGUGGCUGAACUCAUAAACGGACGCCCGAUUUGCGCAGUGGUAUAUAAACAGGACUAUCGAGGACGGUAACUAUAUUACGAGACAAAAUUUGGUGUUUCGGGCCGAUACUAGCCACGUUACAAGGUUAUCGCGCCUCUAGUCCGCCAGUGAUGAAUUGGAAAAUCGGCGCGUAGUCGCGCUCACGUGGUCUUGCCCCGCCCCCGCCUCGCCCGCGCUUAUAUUUAGCGAAAAUCGCCUCUCGGGAGCGGUCCGACGGCUGAAGCUCUCUGCGCACAUUGCUGUUAUGAACAGUGAGACGCCACAUGUUAUUGGCUUCGAAUAACAUAGCCGAUAAGGAGAAGACAGAUAACCUCUCCGGAUCACGGCUCAGGUCCGACUAUAUUCUGGAAAUAGAAAGAAAUCAGUUAAAAAUCCGAAAAGAGAACACGCUGAGAUGCUAAUGGCCGGUGUCGGCACGCGCCGGUGAGCGCUCGCACCGACACACCUUCCAAAAAUUUCCACUGAUCGAAAUCGAGACGGCGAGAUGUCAUUACAAGGAGGCGGUAAUUACCAAAGCCCGUGGUCUUCACAGACGGGUCUUGCGGAGUUAGAGGGCCAAAUGGGCGAAUUAGAACCUCUAGGGGAACUCGUAGAAGCUGGAUUUGAACCACAAACUAGGGCACGCUCAAACACGUGGCCACUGCCGAGGCCAGAUAAUUAUGUCGACCCCGCUGAUGACACAGGCUCUAAGAAGAAUUCUACUCAGAAUUUGGCGGGUGCCCCUCCCCUACCAAGCUCGGCAGUGACCGCAAAGAAAAACUCCUCCCGACGCAAUGCCUGGGGAAACCUCUCAUAUGCAGAUCUCAUCACCCAAGCCAUCACCUCAGCUCAGGACAACCGGCUCACCUUGUCGCAGAUCUACGAGUGGAUGGUCCAGAAUGUGCCAUACUUUAAAGAUAAGGGAGAUAGCAAUUCUUCAGCUGGAUGGAAGAACUCCAUCCGGCAUAACCUGUCGCUCCACAACCGGUUCAUGCGCGUCCAGAACGAGGGCACGGGCAAGUCGUCGUGGUGGAUGAUCAACCCGGACGCCAAGCCCGGCAAGUCGGUGCGGAGGCGCGCCGCCUCCAUGGAGACCUCCAAAUUUGAGAAGCGGAGAGGGAGGGUCAAGAAGAAGGCAGAGGCACUAAGGAAUGGAGUAACAGCUGACGCCACUCCGAGUCCCAGCAGUUCAAUAUCAGAAAGCCUCGACAUGUUUCCUGAUUCGCCUCUGCACAGCAACAGUUAUCAGCUGUCGCCGGAUUUUCGUCAGAGGGCCUCCUCCAACGCAUCGUCAGUCGGCCGAAUGUCCCCCAUCCCGUCGAUGCUGGCCCAGGAGACUGACUGGGGGGAGGCCUACACGCCUGCCGGAGACUUCACAUCAAAUAGCGAUUUCUCCCAGAUAGACUACGCGCAAGACGAGCAACUAGCAGGAACCCUGGCUGACUCCAUGAAACUUCAGGGAGCUACUGAUCCAUUCCUUAAUACGUUCGUUCCCACGACGUCAUCUUCAACAUCCGGCAACAACUACCGUUACCCAACCUAUGGGACCUGCCCUCGUCACUUGCACGUCGGAUGCGCCUGCGCAUCGAUAUACUCCAGCCCAGCGCAUCCAGCGCACCCCACGCAUCCCCACCAGCAUGCACUGGACCAUUUUGUCAGACCACCCGCACCAGCGGAUCCAGCUGAUAUUAUGCAAAUAGAAAACAAUCAAACUCAAAUGGUGACUACGUCGGACGCGGCCUUAAUGAACGGUGGCAUGAUGGUGCAGACGGGGGCUAUGGGGCCCACCACUGUCAUGGGGCAGAUCAUGGGGGCCCUCAACACGGGGCUCGUAGAGGACCUCAACAUUGAGUCCUUGGAACCAGGUUUCGACUGCAACGUUGACGAGGUGAUAAAACAUGAGCUGAGUAUGGAUGGCACGCUAGACUUCAACUUCACGCAGCAGCACAUGGCAGCCGAGGCCGAGAGCCAGUUUGUUGCGCCCGCGCCGCCCGUCCCCACCACACUCUCUGGUGGCGGCGCACCUCGCACCCCCUACUCCGUCGCCCCCUCCUGGGUCCACUGAACCAACCACAAUAACAUUUGGAUUAGUUACCUACUUAUCAGUUCCAGGAACUGCCACCUUUCCUAAUGUAAAUAAACCAUUUUUGUUACUUUGGCAUUGUAGUCGAGAUUUUUGUUCAUUUAUCAUGUUAACUAAUGUUAGAAUUUUAUUUAGUGUUAAGUGGACCGUUACCGAUCGUUGUUGAAGUGUCAAUUGUGUUAGUGUAGGGCUUUAGUGCUAAGCUAGGUGGAAGCUUGUGAUAUAGAUAGGGUACUGCAAUCCGAAUAAUUAGGUCCCGGAGGGUGCGAGGGUUCCGCAUGCUGCGACCAAGGGUUGGAAAAGUGGUCUAUCGGACACUGCAGGUUUCAAUGAGGUUCGAAGUAGAGUUGGAGUAAUCACUGUCCUCAAAUUAGAAACCAGCGCUUAAUAAUAUGCGGACAACAUUUGAGAGCUCGACUACUGUCAGUGGUCCAGCUCUCCUGGCAAACACGAGGUUGUGAGUGCAUUCUAAAAAAUCCAAGCAACGAGCAUCACAAUAAUGUACCAAACGAGAAGACCAGUUAAAAUCGAGACUGAUACUAGUGUUCUAACAAUUGUUGUUGUUGGCAAGUAAAUUGACGGUCAGAAGUGCGUGAUUUGAAUUUUAAGUGAUAUUUUGGACGUUGAAAUUUUAGGCUAAGAAAACCUCGCUGUGUACCUACCUAUGUAGUGCGGCGCUGUAACAAUACUGUAAUUUGCAUAUUAACGCUGUCCCCUCUAUACCUGACGAAUAUGGACUAGUACCUAUGAAUUAUCUCAGUGAUACCUACCUGGACUUGUAUCAGACUGAUUUCAUAUAUACGCAGUACAAGUAACGACAAAAGUAACUACUACAAUUAUUUUCUGAAUAUAAAUGUUGUAUUGAGAGUCACAGCUACUUUUGCCGACGAUUGUUCAAAGUUAGUCGAAAACCAUUGGGGUAACAAUAUUGUCAUUUCUCUACUCUAGUUUAUAUCUACAAAUGCCAUACAAUUAGCAGUUUUGAACAUUUACGUAAAUCCAAAUAAAAUGAUAGUGGGCCAAUACUAUUAUUAAUAUCUGGAAUAUGAAAAAGUGUAUUUUAAAGAAAUAUUUGAGCAUUUUAUGCUGGUUUAUGGUAUUUUCAAAGAAUGUAUUUAUUGAAAAUAAAUAUGUGAAAAUUUUGGUCAUAAUAUUCUCUAAACAACACCAAUUAAUAUAAAAUCCUACAUUGUCAUUACGCCAUAGAGUAAGUUUAUUUAUCUACUGUUAUUACCACAGAAGCCAUUUUAAAACCAAAAACAUUUUUCAUACUUGGAUACGAAUAUGAAGAUUGCUCAAACAUUUCCGGUCUUAUAAAGAAAAUUAACUAAAAGCUCUGAUGAAAUGUGCCUGUUUAUAUUUUUACAAUAAAUAUAGAUGGUUAUGAUCAUUGUUCAAAGAAUUAAUGUAAUGAACCAUAACGAGUAACAUUUUACGGCUUAUAAGCGUACGCACAAACAAAAUCCAUUAUAGUCAGAUCUCUAGUCCCAGAUAUUAAUUUUUUAUAAGCUACUUUUGCCUAAUAAGUACAGAUUUUACUCAUAGUUAAGCAGUUUCGAGGGCUAGCCCAUAUAAUGUAGCAAAAAUUUAUUCUGUGAAUUACCUCAGUGGACUGUUUGUGAUAGAGUUAGCCAAUAAGUGUUCAAUUUAGUACGUGUAUCAAAUAAGUCAAUUCUUAUACUUUUUGGCGUCCAUUGUAUGUAUUUAUGUUUUACUGACGCUUUCUAAUGACUUUGCAAAGUUUUUAUAAUUUUUUAUUUUACAUCAGUAGUUCUUGUUUCACUGCUUGUAUACUUUGCGGCGUAUAUUUGCAGCUGAUAGUGGUGCUAUAGAUACUAUUUUAAUAGCGCAUACGACUUUUAUUUCAAACGUGUUUAUUACAUAAAAAUGAAAUCAACGUACAAAAUUCCAAAUAAAAUAUAAGUUCUACAUUUAUAUACGAUGUAUUUUUCUAAUAGUAUUUCAAUCAAAUAUUAAAAUAUUCAUGCAAUUGUUGUUCUAAUAAGUAUUUCUAUAUGAAAUGGAUUGUCAAUUUUCAAUUUAACCGACUAUAUGUGUUGAUUUGAUAGAAAUCCUAUUAGAAAAAUAAACAUAACACGUACCUAGAUUGUAAUAUAUUUAUGUGUAAGCUGUGGACAUAGGACGCGAGGGAUGAUCACACAAUUUAUUUUUAUUUAGAUAGUUAAUGAAUAGGUAGUUUUAUUUUACGAGAGUUGACUUAAAGUCAUUGUUUUAGUCCUUGGGAUGUUGGACAUCAACCCUAUACUAGGUGAUGGGAGUAUGAUAGUAACCAUUUGCCAAAUAUACAUACGUAAAAUUCAAUAACUGUCCGAGUAAAACGAAAUUAAAAUGAUAGUUGUAUUAUAUGAGUGUUAUAGAUUAAUUACUCAAUGUAGUAAUGGAGGUAUCUCAAUGUAGUUAAGUUAGAUAUAGUGUGCAUCUGGUUGUUGAAUUAUUGAGAUACAACGCAACGAGACGCCAGUGUCAGUUAAUCCAUGUGGUCAAUUAAAUAUGGACCGAAUUUUCUUUCGAAGGCCUAGCAUUAAUGAGAAGAUGAAAUCGACGUAGAUUGUAAUGUGCUUUUAGUCCUGAUUAUGCUUGCUUUAGAAUCAAGUAGUCGUAGCAUUGAUCUUUAGGUACCAACACUGUACUUCUAAUCUCUAAAAAUAAAUUAUACCUACUUAUAAUCGUUGAUGUUAGUUGAAUUUUAUGUGCAACUUUUUUUUAUUAAUUUGAUUAAAAUACUUUAAUGAAAAAUCAGUGGGUUAGGACAAUAUUUCAUAUCUUAUUGUUUUCCGUAAAACGCUCAAGAUCGUCUUAAUUAUACUAUAUAUUUUUCGAAUUUGAUUUUCGUUGAGGCAUAAACUGUGACUAGAGGCACAAGUGUGAGUUGCUAAGAAUUAUAUAAAAUAAUGAAAUGAAUUAUGUAUCUAUAGUGUGAAGUGCAAGAGAAACAACUAGGAUAAGAAGAAAACCUAGGAAAGCGAACCCAGAGUUCCGAUACUUUAUGGCUGAGAACAAAUGUGGGAAACCCACAGAUGAAAGCGAAAAAGGAAUUAUAAUAUUAAACACUCAAGAAAAUGGUGCCCCAUAAAAUGUAUCGAAGUAAAUAUACAGAAACUGAAACCACAGAGGUGGUACUUACUAAGUAUGUCAAUCCAUAAUAACCUAUUUUUUGUUUUUAUCCUGAAUACCAUGCUGCUUUGCACGAUGUGUAUUUUCCCAACGUUUAUGAAGAAGCCAUUGAUUUAUAUUUUCUAGGCACACAAAUUAUUUACACAUUAUUUACAAGACGUUAUCUGAAAUGCUAGUUCUGAAAAAAAAAUAAUUGGGUUCUUUUUUAUGAAUUCUAAUCUUAUCAUCAGUUUUUCACGGGAAACUAUCAGGCAUUUAAUGUUGUCAGAUUUUAUUGAUGGAAUAAAAACAUUUGCUGCAAAAUAUCCAUCCAUGUUCAAUUUUACGAAGAUACAUUUUUUGCGGCGUUAGCAAGAGAUUUUGCGAGAACUUAAUCGUAUCGACAACGUCAAAAUUUAUAUGGAAAUUUAUCAGCACCUCUAUCGUCCGUAGAGGGAGCUAUAGAUUUUCCAUAAACGUUGAGGUUGUCGAUACGAUUACGUUUUCGCAAAAUCUCAUGCGAACCCCACUUUUGGCAUAGCAUAUUUCAGAUAUUAGGUAUAUUGGGAAUUAUUUGACGAAGCAUGUUGCGGAUACUAUUCAGUUAGAUUUUUUAUCGAAGCCUACUUGCAGUUGGUCGCUACGUCGACCUUUACUGCUUAACCGGAGGAAAUAUGGCGAAAAUAUAUAACUUAUUUGUUAUCUUUUUCCUUCUGGAAAUAAUUAUAAAAAUAGUAAGUUUCGAAAAAUAAAAUAUGCUAUAUGAAUACACAUGAAACCUUAUUUUUUAAAUUGCUGCCUACUAGAAAUAUAAAUUACAGCUAUAUGAGAUUUUAUUGGUAUCUUGUAUGGCGAAUACAUUUGUGGUACAAUAACAUACGUAAAUAGACAAAGUUCUUAGUGGCUUUUUGUGAACUUUUUAUACAAUUUAAUAAGUAUAUUAGUGAAAUAUUAACGCGUUUUCACAUACUUACUGCCUGUCGGUCAAUUAAUUCACUAUGUUCAACAGAUCAAACUAUUUGGUUCAAAAGCACCGCCCUAUAUUAUUGUAUCAAUAUAAUUCCCAUACAGGUUUGUAUGUUCAUGGGAUUUGUGUCUAGUUUGUAAUAGAUAAAUAUAUUUUAAUAUUAGUCCAUGGUUAUCGCAUUAGUAAUCAUGUAUUUAUGGGAGUGGUCGCGCGAUGCGCAACCCGCGGCGAAAAAUACGUCGAUGUAAAUUAUUUUGUACAAUGUUAAAUUUUUUCUAUGUUUGCAUUAUUGUGUUUAUAUACAAUGAAUUUGUUGAUUUUUUCAGUUGCUUACUAUUAUAUGAUGAAAUGUGAAAACCUAGUUAAAUUAGGAGGAAUUAUGUGUUUCAAUGUAAAUAUAUAGACAAAACAUGUAUGUAGGAGUACAUAAAUAUUAUUUUAUGUAUUAAAUUUGAUAUUGUUUUCAAAAUUAA